CAAACACAAAGGCAGCUAGCUCGCGCUCAGGCUCUGGCGCAUAUAACUGAGCUUCAAGGGGUGGCGGGUGGCGCCUUCUUAACAUCGGUGCCACCACCAAACUACCCAUUAUAUCACGAUGGUAAGCAAUAACACAUCUUUACUUAUUACUUACUACUAUUUUACUAUGCUUAGAACAGUUCACUGUAAGUGUAAUAUACCCAUUCACAUGGAAAGCACCGGGCCGAGCACAUAUCAACAAGUGCAGCUCGUGUCAGGUACACCGCGCCCCGCGGAGAGCCCUCCUUUCACUACGCGUGUAUAAACAUGUGGCCGUUUUGUUCAUUUUUGAUGCAAUACAAUCACUAAAACUUCUUUGAAGUCUUAGUACUGACCGCUCAUUUGUAAGAGAGUGAUUCCAUUCAGGCUGGAGACAUUCAUACAACGACACCAAAUGUUAUCUGAAAUGAAAAUCCCUUAACAUAGUUCGGUUGACGAUGCCUUGAAUAUUUACUUAUCUACUAGGAAAUAUAUUUUAUUACUAAAUCACCUAUAAACAUUAAUUAUUCUAUUAACAAUAUCCUGUUGUUCUCAGGCGACAAUUAUUAUCAUCAGCAACGGCCGAUCCUCGGCUACAAUCCAUUUCUAAAUGGGCCGCCAUUCUUUUAUGGCUUGAACCAGUACAAUGCACCUCCAAGCUAUCAUAUAACAGCACCUUACGAAGUGGCCCCGGACCAUACACGAGUCUAUCAGUUGACAAAUGACUAUACCAGUGGGUAUAACGAAGAAUAUCAGCUCCCGCCUCGCAAUGGUAAUCCUCGAUCUAGUCACAACAAUUAUCACAACCAAAUUUUACCGCCGAUUUAUGCGGACGCGGGUUAUGGGGGAAUCCCUAACAAUUCCAUGAUCUCACAUGUAUACGGGACUGAUUUCCAAGAGGUGAACGAAACUGACUUUAGUCGGCGCGGUCUGCUCCACCUGCCCUCACAAAACUCCUUCGGCGUCGACGAUCAGCUGCCCAGUAUGACCGCCUGGUCGCUGGGGUAUAAUGCGGAUGAAGUCCAGCCUGCUCCUUAUGUGGAAAAUCAUAGUACCCUUCCACAGCAGGAAUUAACAGACAGAGUAUGGAGCGACGCUGGAAACCAUGCCCGUCUACCGGAGAUACCACCCGUAGAAAAUACGAUGCCAUACAACGUGCCGCUUCUUGAUUUUACAAGUUCUGUUCCACCCCCAAUACACAUGCCACCUCAGUCGUCUCACGUCUGGGUACCACAAGCACCACCCCCAGUGGCACCAAUGCCAACUACAACUCAGCAACUACCAGCCUGUCGUCCGCGGGUAAGGAACUUCUUUUUUAGUUUGAAAUAUGAUUUGGACCAGCCUAGAAUAAGGUCACUAAACAUUUAG